AUGAAGCCGGCGCGGCUGCUGCUGCUGCUGAGCGGGUGCGCGCUGCUGCUGGCGCCGGCCGUGCGCGGCUGCGGGCCGGGCAGGGUGGUGGGCAGCCGCCGCCGCCCGCCCCGCAAGCUCAUCCCGCUCGCCUACAAGCAGUUCAGCCCCAACGUCCCCGAGAAGACGCUGGGGGCCAGCGGCCGCUACGAGGGCAAGAUCGCGCGUAACUCGGAGCGCUUCAAGGAGCUCACGCCCAACUACAACCCCGACAUCAUCUUCAAGGACGAGGAGAACACCGGCGCCGACCGGCUCAUGACCCAGCGCUGCAAGGACCGCCUGAACUCCCUGGCCAUCUCCGUCAUGAAUCAGUGGCCGGGGGUGAAGCUGCGGGUGACCGAGGGCUGGGACGAGGAUGGGCACCACUCGGAGGAGUCGCUGCAUUACGAGGGCCGAGCCGUGGACAUCACGACCUCGGACCGGGACCGCAACAAGUACGGCAUGCUGGCUCGCCUGGCUGUGGAGGCUGGCUUUGACUGGGUCUACUACGAGUCCAAGGCGCACAUCCACUGCUCCGUCAAGUCAGAGCACUCGGCCGCUGCGAAGACGGGGGGCUGCUUCCCUGGGCGGGCACUGGCAACGCUGGAGGAUGGUGCCCGGACACCGCUGUGGGCGCUGCGCCCAGGCCAGCGGGUGCUGGCGAUGGACGGGGCAGGCAAGCCCACCUACAGCGAUUUCUUGGCUUUCCUGGACAAGGAGCCCCGCGCCCUCACCUCCUUCCACGUCAUCGAGACGCAGGAGCCGCGCCGGCGCCUGGCCCUGACGCCCUCUCACCUGCUCUUCGUGGCCGAGAACGCCUCGGCACCCGCCACCCACUUCCGCCCCACCUUUGCCAGCCGUGUGCGCCCCGGACAUUUCGUGCUGGUGGAGAUGGGGGGGGGUGGAUUGCAGCCUGCUGAGGUGGUGGGGGUGCGGGACCGGAGAGACGUGGGAGCCUACGCCCCGCUGACGCGCCACGGGACGCUGGUGGUGGACGGCGUAGUGGCCUCGUGCUUCGCCCUGGUGCAGGAGCAACAUCUGGCACAGCUGGCCUUCUGGCCGCUCCGGCUCUACCACAGCCUGGUGGGGUGGCCAGGGGCGCAGGGGGACGGCAUGCACUGGUACUCGGGGCUGCUCUACCGCCUGGGCAGGCUGCUCCUGCCCCCCGACAGCUUCCACCCGCUGGGGGUACCCCAGGCAGAGAGCUGA